CACGGGCCGUACGUAAUUAACGGAAAUUUCAUCAGGAAGCUGUUACCUCGCCGAAAUCUCCUCAAGUUUCUGAAGUACGAUUUGAAAGGUUCAAAGGGCAAAAAUUUGCAAUCAAGACAGCCGAGGUUAGCUGCUAUUUUUUAACAAAUUGAGUUGUUGCAACGUGGAACUUUGGCGCCCCUCCGUUUUGAUCCCUGAAAGACAAUAAACAUGACGUUGGAUGCUGAAGACCAAAAGCGCCUGAAGGUCGCUGACUGGAUCAUCAUCGCGAUCUAUUUUAUAGCCUGCAUGAUCGUGGGACUGUGGUCUAAGUUCCGAAAACAGAGAGGCAGAAAUGAAACUGCCGAAACAUAUUUUUUGGCGGGAAGAUCUGUGAUGUGGUGGGCGGUGGGGCCCAGCCUUUUUGCCAGUAACAUUGGCAGUGAGCACUUUGUCGGAUUGGCCGGUUCUGGAGCAGCAACAGGGAUUGGUGUUGUGUCAUAUGAAUGGCAGGCCUGCUGGGUUUUGCUGCUUCUUGGAUGGGUUUUCCUGCCAAUUUACCUGCGAUCAAGGGUGUUUACCAUGCCUGAAUUUCUGCAAAAAAGGUUUCAGAGCCAGUGGAUUAGAACAUACCUUACUGUGGUGGCUUUGUUCUCAUAUGUCUUCACAAAGUUUUCGGUUGACAUUUAUGCUGGUAGUUUGUUUCUGUAUGAAGCAAUUGGCUGGAAUAUUUAUAUCUCUGCUGCUGUGACCUUGGCAAUAACGGCUGUCUACACUGUCCUGGGUGGUUUGACUGCUGUAAUCUUCACUGACGUUCUCCAGUGUACCAUCAUGAUUUUGGGAGCCAUUGUACUGGCAAUAUUAAGCUUUGUGAAAGUUGGAGGAUACAAUGGUCUUUGGGAAAAGUUCGGAAGUGCCCAGGGUAGUCCUUAUGCAACUACUGUUGUACCCACCACAAUGGCAGUCAAUAUGACAAACAUGACGAACAUGAUGCUGGCGAACAUGACGACUGCUAUGCCAACCACUGGACCUGACCUAAGCGGGUGCUUCAAAUUGACUCCUUACUGGGCAAACAUGUUCCGUCCAAUAGAUGACCCUGACUAUCCAUGGCUUGGAUUGUGGACCACUCUUCCUAUUAUGGGAGUCUGGUAUUGGUGUACAGAUCAGGUGAUUGUUCAGCGUACCUUGGGAGCUAAGAACAACAUUCAGGCCAAGGCAGGUUCCAUUUUUGCUGGCUUUCUGAAGAUCCUGCCCAUCUUCAUAAUGGUGAUGCCAGGAAUGAUCAGCCGCGUCCUCUACCCUGACUCCAUUGGUUGUGCGGAUCCCGUCAGCUGUAAAUUUCAUUGCGAUAAUGAGUGGGGCUGCUCUAACAAUGCCUAUCCCAAACUGGUUCUUAAUGUUCUUCCCACUGGAUUGGUUGGCCUGAUGAUGGCAGUGAUGAUGGCAGCACUGAUGUCUUCUCUUUCCUCUGCUUUUAACAGCAGUGCCACCAUCUUUACUGUGGAUGUGUGGCUCCGCUUCAGGCCAAUGGCCACAGAAAGAGAAAAAGUCAUUGUUGGCCGGGUGGUUGUUGCCCUCCUUGUGGUUGUCAGUUUAUGUUGGUUGCCAAUCAUUCAAGGUGCUGCAGGGAAACAGCUUUUUGUUUACAUUCAGACAAUCCAAUCCUACCUUGCCCCACCAAUUACUAUGGUGUUUGGGUUGGGUAUCCUGUGGACAGGUCUGACAGCAGCAGGAGCGCUGUCAGGCUUGGUGAUUGGGUUCUUGCUGGGAAUGGCCAAGUUUAUUGCUGGUAAUAUUUGGUCAGAUCCUAAGUGUGGUGAAGAAGAUACACGACCUGGAUUUGCUAAAAUGCAUUUCAUGUUUUAUGCCAUCAUUAUUUUUGGAGUGAGUGGCUUUAUCAUGGUUGUGGUGAGUUUGUUCACAAAGAAGAUCCCACGAGACGAGCUUGGUGGCCUGACUUGGCCAACAAUCAAUGAGCCUCCCAUCUCAUUUGGAUCCAUUGGCGAAGCAGAUGAAGCUGAGAAGGUGGAAAUUGGUGGUGUGACUGGUACCGAAAAAGUCGAGCUUUUGGAAAAGAAUGGCCAUCUAAGUCCAACAACUCGUGUGGAAACUUCUUUCGACGCUGAUGGAGAAGUUACCAAAAUCGAGGAAAAGAAUGCUGUUCCACCCAAGCCGAAUGUGAAUGGCGAGACUAUGGCACUGGAAGAUGCAACAGGCGAGAAAAUCAAACUGAGUGUAGUCCAGUUUGUCGAGGAAGAUCCUGCUCUGAAGUGGUUUUUACGAAUCAUGACUGUCCUGUUACUGGUUUGUCUAGUUUUCCUGUGGGUGUACUUUCGCUAAGCGACAUGUACAGUAUAAUUUGUCGAUCCUCGCAUAUAGUGUGAUGUAAAGAUAUGCUAAGGUGCGGUGAUCAUAUUAAUAGGUUGUGCAUCACCAUGUACAUCAUGUAUAUCCUCAUAUAAUCUCAUGCUGGUUGAUAAGUACCUAAAUAUGUACGUGAGGGUCGAGAAACCGACCGCAAAUAUUUUAAUGUUUGUGCAAUAAGAGGUGUAAUGGUAUUUGUGUUGUCUCCCUGAUAGAAGAGAGAUGUGUUGGAAACGGUGAAAUCUUUGAUUAAUUUUGUGGUGUAGACUAUUUUUCCUUUAAUAUAGUAAGGGUAUAGUCCUGCAGAUUUUCAAAGCCAACCGGAACGUUCAUUUAAUUAUGAUGGUGAAGACAUUGAUCUGGAAACCAAACCAAAUUUAACGACACUCAUCGUUGUGGUCAUCGUCAUCAUUAUCAUUAUCAUCAUCAUCAUCACAAACAACAACAAAUAUAUUAAAUGGAAUUACAACAGUAAUCAAGAGAA